AAUCCAAUUGACUUCCGUUGAAAACAAUAAACAUGGCUGCCUCCGUGUUUCUUGUCUACUGCAAAAGAAGUAGAUCUAUAAUAAUACAAAAACAUGCUUUUUGCAACAUUAGGAAUGCAGUAAGAAAGCUAUCCUCUACUCAGCUCUUUAUUGAAAACUUUGGCGAUCCUGCAUCGGUCAUAAAGCUUAAAGAAACUGAAGUUUCAUCGCAUUUGAAUUCAAGAGAAGUUCUGGUUAAAAUGGAAAUGUCACCCAUCAACCCUUCUGAUAUUAAUUUGAUAGAGGGCACAUACUUUAUUCAGCCACCUCUUCCAUUUAUUUUGGGAAAUGAAGGUGUAGGUAGAGUCAUUAAAUUAGGCAAUGAAGUAAAAGGAUUAGAAAUAGGAGAUUUGGUUAUUCCAUCAGAUACUGCAUGGGGUACUUGGCAAUCUUACAAGGUAACAAAGGAUGAAGAUAUUAUUAAACUCCCCAAAGAUAUUCCAGUUUUGUCUGCUGCAACUAUAUCUGUAAAUCCAUGUACAGCCUACAGAAUACUUAAAGACUAUGUAAAUUUAAAGCCUGGGGAUGUUGUGAUUCAAAAUGGAGCUAACAGUGGUGUAGGUGUAAGUGUAAUUCAACUGGCAAAAGAGUGGAAAAUUACCACCAUUAACAUAGUUAGGGACAGACCAGAUUUUGAGCAACUCAAAGAUUCAUUAUUAGCUUUUGGAGCUGAUAUAGUCAUUUCUGAAAGUGUUUUACGCUCUUCAGACAUGAAAAAAAUACUUGAUUCAUUGCCUAAAAAACCUGAAUUGGCAUUAAACUGCAUAGGUGGAAACUCAGCUACAGAACUUAUUCGUUGUUUGAGUCAGAAGGGCACAAUGGUUACUUAUGGAGGAAUGUCAAAGAAACCAAUUGUUGCCCCUACUGGAGCACUUAUCUUUAAGGAAAUUACUCUUUGUGGUUACUGGAAUACAAACUGGAACAGAUUACAUCAAACAGAUAUUGUCCGAUAUGAAAUGUUGUCCGACCUUUGUAAUUUGAUCAAAAAGUCUAAAUUUGUUCCUCCACCUGUUGAGUUCUUUCCUCUCAGUGACUAUAAAAGUGCCAUUCUUAAAGCAAUCACAGGCUUUAAAGGCCGCAAAAUUGUAUUUAAAUUGGAUUAAAAAGAAUGCUCUGUCUACAUUAAUUGGUUUAAAACCUUAAUGGUGCAUCCCAUAAGUUUAUAAAACAACCAAAAGACUUUUUCUUGUUACUAGAAGUUUUCAGUUUCAAAGUAUCCUUUCUAAUUGUUGUUUUUGACUAAAAUAAAAACAACAACAAGUUAUUGGUGUCAAAAUUACUUCAGGGCAAUAACUUGGUUGUACAUGCACUUGUCCUUUUAUAAAGACCCAUAAAAAGGACCCAAAAAACUAAUUUCAGCCUGCUUAAACUUGGAAUAAAAUAAUUUAAAUAAACUAUUUUUAAUAACUGUUCCAGACUUGAUGAAUUCUACUUUGAAAGUCCAUAUAUACUCUUGACCUGUACGCAGACAGAACUGCAUUGUACACAACCACAGGGUUCUUGUCCAAGGCUUUUGCAAGAGAGGAUUUGAGUCUCUUGAAGAUUAUUAAACCCUCAUAUGGAGUAUGAUGAUGAUGAUGAUUAACUUCAUGCUAAAUUUUAUCUCAUAAUUCAAAUUUGGCAUUUAAAAAAAAUAUAAAUUAUAUAUGCUAAUGGACAAGACAUUUAUAAUAUAACUUAUUAUGUCAUUAUAUUUGUAAUUACACAUAUAUAUAAUAUUAUUUUUAAAAGAAGGAUAACUCUAUUUAAUUAUUCAUAAGUCACCCUUUUUUAUGUGCUUUUGUCAGUUCCACCAGUAAUCCAACAAUGAAUUGGUUACAUUGUAUAUUUUAGUUGUCAAUGGUUUGUUGAAAAAUGGUGAGUUACAAGUUGUCAAAACAUGCUUAAUUCAAUCUUUGAAACAAUCUUAAUUUAGAAAAUAUUUCUUACUGUUUCAAAUCACUGAUUUACCACAUUCUGAGUGCUUUUGUUCAUUUUAAUUAAUUGUAAAACAAAAUUAUUCAGUUAUCUUAAAGAUGACUAAGAGCAUGUAAAACAGAAAGAGGUUUAAGCUAAAUAAUAAAGGCAGCUUUAAUUAAAUAAUAUCUUAAUGUUAUAUUUUUAAGGCACAAAGUAAAAAGAUGAAAAAAAAGUGUUUAUGUUGAUCUACCAGUAAUGUAAAGCUGAUGUUUUCAUGUUAUUUCAAAUUAGACAAGAUUUUGUAUAAAAUUUCCAGAUUUUGUGUGUGUAUUUUAUUCAAGUUGUAAUUUCUUAACUUGAUACAUUUUCAGAAUAUACUUCAUCUAUAAUGAUUUAGAGAGCAAGGGCUACUAGCUUUCAGAAAAUUAAUUAUGUUAAAUAAAUAUGUUAUAUACCUAUUGCUUCAGUUCUCAAGUAUUCCUUAAAAAGGGAAGAAAUCUGAUUUUUUUUCAACCAAAUACUCUGCAAUUCUUUUUGUAAGCACAUGUACAUUUGAUGGGCAUGAUGUAAAAUUUUUCUCAUGUCAUGUCAUGGACCUUUUUUUUGUCACAGAAAAGCAGAUGUUUGGAUGGUUUGGAGAAUUUCAGCUCUUCUGACAUAAGAAAGUUGAGAAGACUCACAACAAUGGAGAUGUUUUUAAAUGUCUUCUUCCACAUGUUCAAAAAGUUCCUUUAAAUGUGGUAAUUUUUUAUGCUUUUUUAUGAUGUUUUCUAGACGUCGCAACAGUUUAGAUGAGGCGUUGCCUUGCCAACAAGUUAUUCCAUAUAUGUUAGCAGAUUUUGUAUAGUCGCGCCGUAAAAAGUCUCAAGGAUCUUCUUGUUUAGUUUAAAGCUAUUGAGUCGCUGGGCUGUUUUCUUUGUCAGAUUUCCAAGAUGGUCUUCCCAUGAUUGUUGUUAAUGAUAACGCCUAGAUAUUUACCGGUAUAUGCCUUUACUUGUUCUAUAGAUGUAGUGUUUAUUUGCAGUUCAUGUAUAGUUUGUUUUUUCUUUCUAAAAUCUAUUAUAAGUUCUUUAGUUUUUAUGACAUUCAGUUCUAGAAAGUUGUUGGUGCACCAGUUUGUAAACACUUCUAUCGAGCUUCGAUACUGAUUUUCGUCUCCUAAAAUAAGACCGACUAUGGCAGUAUCAUCAGUGAAUUUAAUGAGUUUAACUGAGUCAUAGAUGCUUCUUAUGUCAUUAGUGUAAAGAGUGUACAGUACAGGAGAAAGUACACAACCUUGUGGAGCACCCGUACAUAGUACUCGAGUUGACAAUUUAGUGUUGUUGACUUUAACAUACUGGGGGCUUUGGGUUAAAAAGUUUAGAACCCAUGCUUGUACAUAAGGGCUUACAUUUAAGUUACUCAGUUUGUUUAUCAUUAGAUGUGGCUGUAUGGUAUUGAAAGCAGAGGGUAUAUCGAGAUGCUUAUAAAGCUGGUCCAAAAGCAAUAGAAUGGCAUCCUCAGUUCCUCUAGCUGCUUUAUAUGCAAAUUGGUGAGGGUCUAGGCUGUUAUUGACUUUUGCUACAAGUUGUUUAAGGAUAUAUUUUUCAAAACAUUUCAUAACAAUAGGUGUUAGGGCUACUGGGCGGAAAUCAUUUAAGCUAUCUAUUUUUGGUUCCUAUGGUACUGGUAUGAUCUCUGAAGUUUUCCAGAUGUGUGGAAUUACGCACGUUUGCAACGAGUGGUUAAAGAUGUGACAGAAGAUAAAAGAGAUUUGCUCCGCACAUAGCUUGAUCAGCUUGCCACUAAUUUUGUCUGGUCCAGAAGCUUUUGUUACAUCUACUCUUUUCAAUAACAAGGUCACUUCAUCUUCAGUUACAAAAUUGACGUAGGGCUCUUGUUUCCUUUGGACAGAGUGUUGAAAAGUUCUUUGUGUAGAUCAACAAAAUCUUCUUUGUCAAAACGAGAAUAAAAAUCAUUUAGUUCGUUGGCGAAUUUCUCGUCAUCAUCCACUGAACUUGUUCUCGUUUUGAGGCGCAGCCUGUUAUUUUCUUAAUCCCUCCCAACAUGCUUUUGAGUUGUUAUUUGCAAAGAAAUUGUCAAUUUUUUUUUGUAUGUUUUUUUCCUUCAAUUAUUGCUUUUCUCAGUUUAUUUUUAGCAUUUAUAAACUCUUCGUUGCUAGCCUUAUACUUUGUUUUCUUUUCAGUAAUAAGUUGUUUGAUUUUUUUGGUCAUCCAGGGCUUAUUGUUUCCAUAGACUUGUAUUGUUUUUGUUGGAAUUGUUAACUCCUGGCAGAAUGAUAGAUUUGGAUGUUAUUCCCAAUGCCUUUUGUGAAAACAGUAGAUACAUUUGAAAAGGUCCUACUUAGAAAAUGAAACAUCUCUUACUUAAUUGAAUUAUUUAAACAUUACUAAUAUUGUUAUUAGGUUAAUAUUCAAACAAAGAUUUAUGAUUACAAUGAAAAUACAACUUUUUUAUUCAUUGAAAAAAAAAGGACCACCUUGCAUCAUUCUUGUCAGGACAUCAUAGGGCAUAGUUUAUGAAACGCUCAUCCCGAUAUUUUAGAAAAGAAAAAGUUUUAGAAUUUUAUAAGCUUAUUUAUUUAGCUUGAAGUCUGAAGUGCUUGUUGACAAUGUUGUUUUCAUGUUGGAAAUAUUAAUAGACACAUUUCUUGAAAAUUACUGGAGAUGCAAUAGCUCUAAAUGCAUAGGAAAAUUUUACCUUUAUAUCAGAGUGCAUUUGUGUAAUCUUUCUGCAAAGGCAAUCAGUGUUCUUACAUCCAGCCAUGAGAUGUAUGAGUGCUGCUGAGCAAAUGUUUGGGCCUGAAUCCAUUGGGUUCUCUUAGAAUGAAAUGACUGGUGUUCAGAGCAAAAAUAUACAUUUUGUUUUGUGCAGGGGUAGGCAAACAUUUUAGAGAAGAGCUACAUUAAAAGCCAGAGUGCCACAUUUACAUAUAUAUAUAUAUAAACUAAGUGUUUAAUAAUUAUGAAUUGUAUAUUUUUUCCAAUUUUUAUGUAUAUCACCUUCAGAUUUUUUCCCAGUUAAUUCACAAACUCCACCUUUUGCCUACUUGCUUGUCACUAACCCAGCUCUUUUAUCUAAUUUCUCAUUAAAUAAAUUCUGACCUUUGUUUUUGACUCAAAAGUAAAUUCCUUUGUCUCUUAAUCUCUGUAUAAGGUCUAUCAUCAAUAACUAAAAAAUUUAAAUUUCUCUCUAAGCACUUUCUAGCUUCUUACUCUACUUCUAUGAUUACAAGCUUUUUAAAGUGUUUUGUAAUCCCAGAAUAGUUAUACAUUGGCCAACUAUAUAUAUGUUUCUUCUGAGUUGAUAAUGUACAUCCUUGCCCAAACCUUCUGCAAGCUGAUGAGAGAUGGCAGCCCUGUCUUGAUAGUUCCUCCGUUGUUGUUCAUUUCCUGAACUGGAAGAUGACUGUAAAGUCCAAUCCUUGCUUUAAAAAUCCAGCCACAAACAUGGCAUGGGUAAAUUGGGUCUACUGCCUGCUUCUUUUUUGCUUAUUGUUGGUUCUGCAUUCUUUCAUGCUGGCCACUCUCAGUGUCUCGUAUAUUGAGACUCAGGGCUUUAUGCCAAGAGGGCAGCCAUCUUCGAUAAAGUAAUAUUAGAUAAUAAUUUGAAAAAAAAAUGUUAUUUUUAUUAUUUGAUUUAUGUAUUUACAAUUUAUGUACUUAAAAAGAGUCAAUAAAAGAAAGAAAAAUA